AUGCAUCAACGAUCCGUCUCGCCAACCGGCAAAUUCGGCUUUCACUUCUCCACGUGCCAUGCGCGUAUCGCUCAGGCUGUCGAUACCUGGGAAGGUUCGUGGUGCACUCUGUAUGGUCAGCACCUCGGCCAUGUCAUGGAGCUUGCUAAGCUAAUUCUCCAAUGGCCAGAUUUCGAUGUGGUUUGCGAUCUCACACUCCAGAAAGUGGUACCACGUCUCCUGUUGCCUCUCCAAGCGGAAGGCCGAAUCCUAAAACCAUGCCUUCUCCACGGUGACUGUUGGGACGGAAACACAGCAAUCGAAGCGAAGACAGGCGUGGCUUUCGUGUUCGACGUUUGCUCCUUCUAUGGACACAAUGAGUAUGACAUUGGCAAUUGGAGAGCACCGCGCCACCGUCUGAGCAGUGAAGCAUAUAUACGGAACUACAAGCAAAACUUCCCAGUAUCUGAGCCUGUGGAAGACUGGGACGCCAGAACUUUGCUGUACUCGUUAACGUUCAACAUCGGUAAUACUAUCUAUAUCCCAGGUUCACAGCAGCGCCAAAUCGUGUUUGACGAUAUGCAUAUGCUGUGCCACCUCUUCUGCCCAGACGAGCUUAAAGCUGCAAUGGACAAACUCAAAGGAGACUCUACUAUCAGUGAGAGCUCGCAAACAGGCCAUCCAACGAUGCAUUAG